GAAACUCACAAACCAUAAUUUCAAUUUACGUAAAUUACAGUGUAUUAUGAGAAAGCAUCAAACACUUUUAGUAGUCCUUCUUUGCUAGUACUGUCGCGCAAGACUAUAUAUUUCACCAUGAUCCGUGGUCGAGGUGGCCGAGGAGGACGUGGCCGCCGUUCUGGUCCUUACAAUAACUGGCCAUCAAGACCUCCUCAUCAAUCGUUUGAUUUGUGGAAGGCCAGCGAGAUCUUCCCGAAUGUUCGUGCCGCAAACAAGGACAAUGCAAGCAAUUUGGCAAAGGCCAUUGUGGAGCGCCAUGGGCAGCUACUACCCCCUGCAGCAGAGACGACGGCAAACAGUGAUCUGCUUGGCAAGGUGUCUACGAUUCUCGACAACUUCAUUGUUAUGCAAACUGGCAAAGAGAAGCAUGCAUUGGAGGAAGUACGACCAGUCGGUAGCCAUAAAUUGGGUGUAAAUGUCGCUGGCGAAAAGGAGAUCGAGAUUGUGGUCAUCUUCAAACAGUGGCCAACAUGUGAGGAUGUCCAGACGAUAGCAGAGCACGUUAAAACAGAACUCAUCCAGACCGCACCUGGCCUGGAACUAUCAAUAACUGAAUCAGGUUUUACCUUGUCAUUGAAUGGAACAAAAUGUGUGUGUCAUGCCGCUACCCUGCCCGACAGCUGGACUGAGCCCAACUUCCCUGGGCAAGUGAAAAUGCAGGCGAUCGAGUUUGGCCUUGCCCAAAUCCGUCACACUAGAUGGUUUGAAGACAACGUUAGCCAUACAAGCACAAGAAUGCUAUGUCGCAUCUUGACAGACAUUGCGAAGCGCUUCACUGGUUUCCGGCAGUUGACCCCGUGGAUGGUUCAGCUUUUGGCCCACCAGUCGUCGAUGGUGCCUGGGCAGAGAGACGCACUUCCCAUUGCAGACUCGUUGCGGCGAAGCUUGCAGUUCCUGGCCAGCGGUUUCUUUCUAGCUAAGAACCUUGGUAUUGUCGACCCCUGUGAGCCGAACUGUUACCGAGUGCAUCAGCACCUUGAAAACAAUCGUCAGGAUGUACUUUGCUGUGCAGCACAGACAUUGCUCAGGUGGUUGAGUCACGGUGCCGAGAAGCAAGUCUUGGGAUUGGGAGUCAGCAAAGCAGCAGACAUCAGCAUGACCGUGAAAUGCCGUGGAGUGAUUGUUGAACCUUCUAGAACUGUUGCUGAAGCAGGAGGGACAAAUACUAGCAGUGAAAAGGCUGGAGAUGAAGCAGCACCAGCACCAGCAAUAGCAGUACCCGCAGCAGCGAAGGCGUAAUUCAAGUUCUUCAUUUUUCUCUCCGACACUCGCUUCCCACACAUUAGCUGUAACCAGGCUCCGUGCAUGCCAGCUCUACCACUUGUACAGAUUCCCUGUCCCUAUAUUAGGAUCGUCAGUAAUGUCACCGAGUUUUUGAGAGGAACAAGUGAGCAGAUUGCCAGCACGGAAUUAUAGCAGGUCCGAUGUGAAUGCAUUACCCUCUGUGGUAGUGGGUCGGUGCAUGCAUUUUUAUACAAAGUCCCCCGUUACUGGAGGUUUCAGCUGUGCUGUCAUCUGUACUUGCCCUUGCCCUCUUCUCUGAUCCGAUUUGUGUGCUGGUACCCGAUUGUGUGCGUGCGUGUGUCGUGUCAGUAUGGUGCAUUCAACUUUCCUUCUGUACAUAGUACUGAUUUAUAUUAACUUGUGUUGUAGGUGUGUGUGUGUGUGUGUGUGUUUUUCGUAUAUCUUUUAUUGCCCGAUGCCCGUUCUUAUUCUUUCGCUUUUACUCCGUCAUUGCUGCGUGAUGCAUGGCAUUGCAGUGCUGCUACAUGUAGUAGUACACGAGAAUAAGAUCACUCUGCUUUCAGGA